AUGGCACUAACACAGGAGCAAACAUGCUAUGUAUUGAAUGGAAUAUAUAAUGAUGAGGGGAUCUUGUUGAUGGAAAUGGCAAUGGCACAAAACACAAUCAUACCAGUGAAAGUAGGUGUUGUUCUUUAUGACUCUGAUGACUGUGUUGGAAAGAUGCAGUUGCCUUGUAUCAACAUGUCGCUCUUAGACUUCAAUGCCAAUCAUGGUCACUACAAAACCAGGCUGGUUCUUCACACCAGGGACUCCAAUGGAGAUGUUGGUGCAGCUGCAGCAGGAAAUAUGAGGAGAAAGGCUUUGAAACCUGAUUAUUUCUGUUUCCUGAUUCUUCUUUCUGCUAUAUGGAUUUUGUUCGUCAGCAAGUUAGAAAUGGUGAUGGCGAAUAAUAAACCAUCACAAGUGAAGAUUGGAGUGGUUCUUGACUUAGAUGAUGACAAUUGUUGUGGCAAGAUAGGGUUGAGUUGCAUCACCAUGGCCGUUUCAGACUUUUAUACAAUCCAUUCUCACUACAAAACCAGGCUUGUUAUCGACAUCAGGGACUCCAAUAGAGAUGUAGUUCUUGCGGCUACAGCAGCUAUGGACUUGACUAAAAAUGUACAAGUGCAAGCCAUCAUAGGACCAUCAACAUCAAUGCAGGCCAAUUUUGUCGCUCAAGUUGGAGAAAAAUCUCAAGUACCCAUUAUAUCAUUUUCUGCGUCAAGACCUUCUCUUACUUCCAUUAGGAAUUCAUACUUCUUUCGAGCUACACAGAAUGAUAGAGCUCAAGUAAAUGCCAUAAGUGCAAUAGUUCAAUCCUUUGGAUGGAGAGAAGCAGUGCCUAUCUAUGUUGACAACGAAUAUGGAGUAGGAAUCAUAUCUCACUUGGUUAAUGCUUUGCAAGUAGCGGGUACUCGUGUUCCCUACCUAAGUGCAUUUUCUCCAUUGGCCAGUGAUGAGCAAAUUCUUGAAGAGCUUUACAAGUUAAAGACAACGGGAACUAGAGUAUUUAUCGUGCACAUGUUUCCCUCUCUUGGCUCACGAAUUUUUAACAAAGCCAAUGAAAUUGGAAUGACGAGCGAAAACUAUUCUUGGAUCUUAACCGAUGGGAUGAGUAAUUUCUUGAGUUCAAUAGACCAUUCAAUCUUUAAUUCAAUGUCAGGGAGAGUUUUAGGUGUUAAACCUUACAUUCCAAAUACAAAAAAGUUAGAAAAUUUUCAAGCUCGAUGGAAAGAGAAAUUCAAUCAAGAUCAUCAAGGCAUGUUUAAUGCUGAGUUGAACAUUUAUGGAUUAUGGGCUUAUGAUGCUACCAUGGCAUUGGCCAUGGCAAUUGAGAAAGCUGCUAGUACUGCAACCUUUGGCUUCGAAACAAAGAAAUUUUCUAGCAAUUCACUGGAUCUUGAAACAUUUGGAGUUUCUCAAAAUGGUCCAAUACUUAUUGAAUCAUUAGCAAAUACUAGUUUCAAAGGUCUGACAGGAGAUUUCAUUUUUGUUAAUCAGCAGCUACAGUCAUCUAAUUACCAAAUAGUUAAUGUGAAUGAUGUUGGCCUAAGAGAAGAUGGAUUGUGGCCACCUAAAAAAGGAUUUGUCAGUAAAUUGAGCCUUGCAUCUAGUUUACAAGCAGUAGCUUCAACUUCAGUUUCCAAGAAAUUGAGAAUAGGAGUACCAAAUAGAGCCUUUAACGAGUUUAUGAAUGUGGAAAGAGAUGCCAAAACUAAUGCCACAAUAUGUUCCGGAUACUGCAUAGAUGUCUUUGAAGCCGCAAUGAAAGAUUUGUCAAACCCUCCAUCUUAUGAAUACAUCCCCUUUAAUGGGACUUUCGACGAUUUGGUCUUUCAAGUAUACCUAGGGAACUUUGAUGGUGUGGUUGGAGAUGUUACUAUUACAGAGAGGAGAUCCUUUUAUGUCGAUUUCACAUUGCCAUACAUAGAACAUGGCGGGGUUUCAAUAAUCGUGCCAAUUGAAGAUCAUAGGAGCAGCAGAAGUUGGGUGUUCUUGAAGCCUUUGACAUGGAGACUAUGGGUGACUAGCAUUUGUUUGUAUGUCUUCAUCGCAGCUGUGCUUUGGGUUCUUAAAAACAGAAACGAAGAACUUCAAGGAUCUCCUUCACGUCAAACUGGCACUAGGUUUUCCUGCUCAGCCAUAGUUUUCCCACAUAAGGAAAAAGUGGCUCGGAAUUUGGCUAGCAUAACGGUAGUUAUAUGGUGUAUUCUUGGAUUUGUUCUCACUCAAAGCUAUGGUGCUGCAUUAUCAAGCUUUCUAACUGUUCAACAGCUCCAGCCAACGGUCAACUACGUAACUGAGCUCAUUCAGAAGAGGGAAAAAGUAGGAUAUCAAAAUGGUUCUUUUGUUUUCGGAGUCCUGAAAGGGUUGGGUUUUCAUGAUUCCCAGCUCGUAUCUUGUAGCCCCGCUGAACAGUGCGAACGACUUCUUUCUAAAGGAAGUAAGCAUGGUGGUAUUGGAGCUGCUUUUGAUGAAAUGCCAUAUACCAACCUCAUUCUUGCUCAAAGUUGCUCCAAAUAUAGUUUGGUUCAACCAAUAUUAGAUAUUCAACAAUUCAAAACCAACGGGUUCGGAUUUGUAUUCCCAAAGGGGUCUUCUUUCGCAGUUGAAGUAUCGAGGGCAAUUCUGAAACUGAAAGAGAGUUAUCAAAUGAAGAAAAUGGAAGACAAAUGGUUCGGCAAACAAAAGCACUGUUCACUUCAUGCUAGCGAUGUCUCAGUUUCUACUAAACUUGAUCUUGACAGUUUCCAGGAACUAUUCUGGAUUGCUGGAGUGGCUUCAUCUUUAGCUCUCGUGAUUUACACUGGUCUUUUUGUUCACGAGCACAGACAAGUUUUGACGCCUCCUUAUUCUAGUGCCUCAAUAUUGAGUAUAGUUCAAGAUUUGCUAAGAAUCAUCAACCGAAAAGAUUCAAACUUCAAUUCUGCAGAACAUGUUUAUCCAAAUAUUUCAGACAGGCCUCGUCAAGAUCAAAUGGCCCCAAACAUUGAGCUUACUGACCGAGAUCAAGAAAGACCCCCAAAUUUCGAGAUAGCCCAUGAAAACAAUUGAAAUUUGGUCUUUCUUCGGGCUGCAAAAAUCUGUGAUUUUGGAUCAGUUAUGGUGCUUCCUGGAUUUAUCUAUUGCUUAUUUUUCUGAGUCCUGAGUAGGAUUUGGCAUUUGGAAAGAUCUUCAACCAAAAAGAAAAUCAUACUUCGGGGAAAAAUGCAGUGGAUAUAGAACGCGAUCUUAAUCUUCCUGAUAGCAGAGCAACAAAUGCACCUACAGUUUCAAUCACUGCAGAAUCUCCUGGAGAGCAAGGAGCAACUUCUUCAGAGAAUCCUGAUCCAAGUCUAAAUUGGAAAACACCUACAGACGUAGUCCCGCAUAUUGAGCUCAGAAACCCAAAUCAAGAAAGGCAGACAUCGAGUAAAACAAUCCAAGAAAACCGUUGAUUUAUACAUUCUCGUAUGCCAUGUGUAUUAACACUUGCAAGAUUAGAGUAAAGUAAUUGAAAAGCCGAUCAAGGUUCAAAAGAGAGGAGAAUUUGAAGUCUGAUGGUUCUAUACAAUCUUGAUAUUUUAUGUGUUCGUGAAUGUAAACAAUUGGAGAGAAAGAUUUAGGAUGAUUCGCAUAUUAUGAGGUAUUGCAUGCAUGCUUAGCGUUAGAAAUUUCUGAUAAAUGUAUCAAGUAGACUCAUGUAUAGUGUAUAAAAUACCAAAUUAUACAAUCGUCUCGGUGAAAAGUUU